AUGGCAGACCUUGACUUGAAAUCCACCUCACACCAUGUUGAAGCAAGCGCCAAACAAAUAGAUGGACAGGACAUACUGUUCGACGGCUUGUCUGAUAAAGAAACCAAAGCUUUGGAGAAGCGCCUGGUGCGCAAGAUCGACUUACACCUGAUAUCAUCUCUCUUCCUUCUCUUCAUAUUCAACAUCCUAGAUCGCUCCAACAUUGCCAAUGCUCGUCUUGGAGGAAUGCAGGAGGACUUGGGCCUCUCAGACACACAAUAUCAAACAGCCGUGGCUAUUAUGUUCGUCGGUUAUCUUCUAGGUCAGGUACCGAGUAACAUUCUCUUGACUCGGUUGAAGCCAUCGCGCUACCUGCCAACGGCUAUCUUCAUUUGGGGAGGCAUCUCGUUGUGCAUGGCAGCGACAAAGAACUUUGCUGGCGUCAUGUGUGUGCGUGUCUUUUUGGGAUUUGCGGAAUCUCCGUUUUUCCCUGGAGCUUUACUAUUGAUCAGUUCCUGGUAUAAGCCUUCGGAAAUCGCCGUACGUGUGGCAAUCGUUUACUGUGGUAACACAAUUGCCAAUGGAUUCGGUGGUAUGCUUGCCGCUGGUAUAAUGAGUGGGCUGGAUGGCAAGGGAAACCUUGCGGGCUGGAGAUGGCUAUUCAUUAUUGAAGGGGCAGGCACUAUGGUGGCCGGAGUACUCGCAGUAGCUCUGCUCCCUGACUUUCCUCGAUCUGGGCAGCGAAAAUGGUUGAACGAGCAGGAGCAACGGUUCGCAGAAUGGCGUCUUGCUCGCGAGGCAAACGACGAGGUCGAUGAAAAUGGCUCCGUCAAAGAGGGCCUGAGAGACGCAGUGAUGGACCCCAAGGCUUGGCUUCUCAUUCUCAUCCAAGUCUGCCAAUUGUCUUCGCAGACAUGGACAUACUUCUUUCCCACAAUCGUUAAAACCCUGGGCUUCAACAACAUGAUCACUCUCUUGAUCACAGCACCAGUAUACGUCUUUGGCUUCAUCACCGCGCUCGGAAACUCCCUGAUCGCGAACCGCACCAACCAACGCGCAAUUCUUAUUGUCUGGCCGCUCUGUGUCGAUAUAGUGGGUAACAUCAUGGUCAUUUCGUCGCAAGCAACAGCCGUCCGCUAUGUGGGAAUGUUCCUCAUGUGCGCCGGGUCUUAUUCAGCUUUUAACGUCGUCCAAGCGUGGAUUGCCAGCACUAUUCCUCGCACAAGAACCAAACGAGCAAUUGUGUACGCUCUGGUCAACUUGUUUGGCAACUCGUCCAAUAUCUACGGCUCAUACUUCUUUCCCACAUCGGAUUCACCGCAAUAUAGACCCGGAGGAAUCAUCUUGUCUUCCUUUGCGGCUGGCGGAAUCGUGAUGUCCUUGUUGCUCGCUGCCUAUUUGUAUUUCUUGAACGUCAGAGCACGAAAGGCAGAGGAACAGGACGGUCAAUCACGCUACAAGUACGUUUGGUGA